AUGGAGGACCAGCGGGUGUCUAGAACAGCCCCGUUCUACGCGGUCCCCUCCCGUCGUCUCGUCAGCGUCGAACACCCUGCCGUGAUCCGCAACGUCGACAAAGCGAUGGAGACCUUGCAAGGCGAUGCAGGAAUAAAAACACUCUUGGAUCCGGCCAAGCACGACACACUGGCUAAUCUGGUGCUACGGCCGGAAGAUAUCAUGGCCCGAGCGGUGCAGUCGACGAGUCUACCGUCGAACAAUGUGCUCCUCAAAGUCACUGUUCCCAAGCGCACAGGCAGGAGGCGUAAAAUAGGCUCAAACGAGCCGUUCACAGAUGCGCCGCAAUCAGAAGCGACUGGGCCGCCCCCGCGACGGACUGCUAAGGAUCUAUUGCGCAGUCUGAGUGACAAUCCGUCCAAGUAUCAGAUUGAGCCUGUCGGGAGGGUUGAACGGACACACGUGUUCCGAGGAAUCCCGGAUUUCGUGUAUUCGACUACAGCCAGCUCGUUUACAAACCGUUUCCGAGAUAAGAUCAUUCCUUUUGACUUCGACAAAAUGAAGGAAUACGACAUCGAAAUGGACAAAGGCGCUGCCCUAAAUGCAGAUCUCAUCCCACCACCAUCAUUCAGCCACGGCGACGUUCCUUUCCACUACAUCUACCGUCAAAACCCAACCGUGAAACGAGCAAUUGGCCGAUCCGGCGAACUAGAAACCGUCAACACCCAAACCGCCAACAAAGUGCUAACCCACCUAGUCCCCUACGACAUCGCCCAAGUGCCCAGCGAACCACGCCCAAAUCUCGUCCCAAUCAGCGCACUAGACGAAGGCAUGCAAAAAACAAUCGCAAACCUAAGAGCCCUCUACGAACAGCAACCCGCCUGGACCCGACGCGGACUCCGCAACAACCUAACAAACGACGACGACCGUCUGAACCUCCGCCACGCCAUACCAUACGUGGGCUACAUCUUCCGCUCCGGGCCGUGGCGCGACGCAAUCAUCAAACUAGGCGUCGACCCACGGACCUCACCCGAGUACCGACACUACCAAACCUUCAUGUUCCGCCUGCUCGCGCGCGAAGCCGAACUAGCCCGCGACGGCGGCGGCGGACGACGGCACAACGUCCCCCGCCCAACGGACACACGGGGCCCACUGGACGACGAGAGCACGAACGCGCCGACAAGCGGACACGUGUUCACGGGCAAGCAGCCAUUCGCGCAAGACGGACGGAUCUGGAUGAUUGGCGAUAUCAAAGACCCGCAGCUGGUGGCGGACUUGUACCCCGCGGAACCGGAAGAAGGGUUCCUGCGUAGCGAGUGCGAGAUCAUCACGGAUGGAUGGUUCGCGAAUGGCACGCUGGCGAAGGCGAAGACGGUAAUGAGACAUAAGAUCCAGGCGCUUAUGGAAGGGCGGGAGCCGGUUGAUGAGGACUAUGUGCGGAUUAUGCAGUUGCCUACGCAUGCGCGGUCGGAGGCUGAUUUCUCGCUGUUCACGCUUGAUCCGGAGGUUGCGACGCCGAAGGAGAUCACGCUUGCUACGGAGGUCAGGGGUGUUAUUCGGGGGUCGCCGAUGUGGAGGAGGUUGGCGGCGAAUGCUGGGUUGGUUCGGAAGGAGGUUGGGGAGGGGAGGCCUAAGGGGAAGGGGAAGCCUGUGAAAGGGAAGAGUGUGGAGUUUGAAGAGCCGGAGCCGGAGCCGGAGGCUGAGAAGAUUGAUGAGCAGAGUGAAGGCGAGGAGGAGGAGAUUGAGCGGCGAGAGAUUUUGGCUGCUCAGGUUGCGGCUGCUGUUGCGGCCAGGGAUGCUGAUGAAGAGGAAGAUGAGAGUGACAAUUUGGAGGAGGAUGAUGAGGAUGAGGAUGAGUGA